CUCGCUCGGGGAUUUUUUGUUGCAUUUUUCCAUUAUUUCCCCCCAAACCCGCGCUCCCCCCCCGGUUUUGCUGUUGAUUUGCUCCAUCCUCCACCGCCACCUCCUCCUCCCGGGGCAGAGGAGAUCGAAGCCUCCAACAUCGACAACGUGGUGCUGGACGAGGAUCGCUCGGGGGCGCGGCGCCUGCAGAACCUCUGGAGGGACCAGCGCGAGGAGGAGCUGGGCGAGUACUACAUGAAGAAAUACGCCAAGUCCUCCGUGGGGGAGACCGUUUACGGCGGCUCGGACGAGCUCUCGGACGACAUCACCCAGCAGCAGCUGCUGCCCGGCGUCAAGGACCCCAAUCUCUGGACUGUGAAGUGCAAGAUCGGCGAGGAGCGCGCCACGGCCAUCGCCCUCAGCACUGAGAGACACUGGGAACAACUGGAGGGGACUGGGGGGACUGGGGACACACCUCCCCUGCAGAUCAAGUCGGUGGUGGCCCCCGAGCACGUCAGGGGGCACCUGUACAUGGAGGCCCUGGGGUCACACCUAUCCCCUAUCAGAUCCCAUCCCAGCUCUGGAUCCCCUCUGGCCCCCCCGAGCAGACCCCUCUCUCUCCCCUCCCCACAGAAGGACUGGUUCGCCAAGCGCAAGAAGUUCAAGCGGCCGCCGCAGCGGCUCUUCGACGCCGAGAAGAUCCGGUCCCUGGGCGGGGACGUGGCCUCCGACGGCGACUUCCUGAUCUUCGAGGGCAACCGCUACAGCCGCAAGGGCUUCCUGUUCAAGAGCUUCGCCAUGUCCGCCGUGAUCACGGAGGGCGUCAAGCCCACCCUGUCCGAGCUGGAGAAGUUCGAGGACCAACCCGAGGGCAUCGACCUGGAGGUGGUGACCGAGAGCACAGGGAAGGAGCGGGAGCACAACUUCCAGCCGGGCGACAACGUGGAGGUGUGCGAGGGGGAGCUCAUCAACCUGCAGGGCAAAAUCCUCAGCGUGGACGGCAACAAGAUCACCAUCAUGCCCAAGCACGAGGACCUCAAGGACAUGCUGGAGUUCCCGGCGCAGGAGCUGCGGAAGUACUUCAGGAUGGGCGACCACGUCAAGGUGAUCGCCGGGCGCUUCGAGGGGGACACCGGGCUCAUCGUCAGGGUGGAGGAGAACUUCGUCAUCCUCUUCUCCGACCUCACCAUGCACGAGCUGAAGGUGCUGCCCCGGGACCUGCAGCUCUGCUCCGAGACGGCCUCGGGCGUGGACGUGGGGGGGCAGCACGAGUGGGGGGAGCUGGUGCAGCUGGACCCCCAAACCGUGGGGGUCAUCGUGCGCCUGGAGCGGGAGACCUUCCAGGUGCUGAACAUGUACGGCAAGGUGGUGACGGUGCGGCACCAGGCCGUCAGCCGCAAGAAGGACAAUCGCUUCGCCGUGGCGCUGGACUCGGAGCAGAACAACAUCCACGUCAAGGACAUCGUCAAAGUCAUCGACGGCCCCCACUCCGGCCGCGAGGGCGAGAUCCGCCACCUGUUCCGCGGCUUCGCCUUCCUGCACUGCAAGAAGCUGGUGGAGAACGGCGGCAUGUUCGUCUGCAAGACGCGGCACCUGGUGCUGGCGGGGGGCUCCAAGCCCCGGGACGUCACCAACUUCGCCAUGUGCGGCUUCACGCCGAUGUCGCCGCGCAUCAGCAGCCCCAUGCACCCCAGUGGGGCCGGGCAGAGGGGCGGAUUUGGGGCCGGGGGGCUGAGCCGGGGCCGCGGGCGCCGCGACAACGACCUGAUCGGGCAGACGGUGCGCAUCUCCCAGGGGCCCUACAAAGGUGGGUGCGCCUCUGAGACCCCCCCAAAACCCCCCAAAAAAACCCCCCGGGGGGAUGACACUGCUGGGGACAUUGGGGACACUGCUGGGGACAUUGGGGUACAGGGACAUGGGGGUACAGGGACAUGGGGACAUGGGGACAGGACAUGGGGACAGCCCCUGUAUGGCUCGGGGUCCCGCACGCCCAUGUACGGCUCGCAGACCCCGCUGCAUGACGGGAGCCGCACCCCCCACUACGGCUCGCAGACCCCCCUGCACGACGGGAGCAGGACCCCGGCCCAGAGCGGGGCCUGGGACCCCAACAACCCCAACACGCCCUCCAGGGCCGACGAGGAUUUCGAGUACGGCUUCGAGGACGAGCCCACCCCCUCCCCGCAGGGCUACGGGGGCACCCCCAACCCGCAGACCCCGGGGUACCCCGACCCCGCGUCCCCCCAAGUCAGCCAGCCCUACAACCCCCAGACCCCCGGCACGCCCGCCAUGUACAACACGGAGCAGUUCUCGCCCUACGCCGUCCCCUCCCCCCAGGGCUCCUACCAGCCCAGCCCCUCCCCCCAGAGCUACCACCAGGUGGCCCCAAGCCCGGUGGGCUACCAGAACACGCACUCGCCGGCCAGCUACCACCCCACGCCCUCCCCCAUGGCCUACCCGGGACCCCCUUCCAGGGGGGGCGGGAUGUGCUCGGUGUACCUGAAGGACAGCGAGAAGGUGGUGAGCGUGUCCAGCGAGCACCUGGAGCCCGUCACGCCCACCAAGAGCAACAAGGUGAAGGUGAUUUUGGGGGAGGACCGCGAGGCCACCGGGAUCCUGCUGAGCAUCGACGGCGAGGACGGCAUCGUGCGCAUGGACCUGGAGGAGCAGCUCAAGAUCCUCAACCUGCGCUUCCUGGGCAAGCUGCUGGAGGAGCCUCCCCAGUCCCUUCUGGGACCACCCCGAGCCCCCCAAACCCCCGUUUUUCCCCCGCAGGUGAAGGUGAUUUUGGGGGAGGACCGCGAGGCCACCGGGAUCCUGCUGAGCAUCGACGGCGAGGACGGCAUCGUGCGCAUGGACCUGGAGGAGCAGCUCAAGAUCCUCAACCUGCGCUUCCUGGGCAAGCUGCUGGAGGCCUGA